UAGUAUUAUAGUCUGUAUAGUGUAUACUCUACUCUGUAGUCUGUACUACUGUACUAAUGUACUAUAACUAUAGGUAGUUUCUCACUCCUCACUAGUCACACACACUACUCAGUCGUCACUCGACUCGAGGAUUCAGACAAUUUAGUACUAUAUAGUCAGUACUAUUCGUCUGCUACGGUUGUUAUCGUUUAUUUGUUCAUCCCAAUACUGUCGUUAUUAUCCAUUACACGCGGUCGGUCUCAACAACACUUUGAAAUAUGGAGAUUGAAAUUGUAACAACAACGGACAAGAAUAUUGGAAAAAUUAAAGUUACAGAUGCUUCUCAGAUUAGUGAUAUUAAGAAAAGCAUUAGCAAAGUAAAGUCUGCUUUAUAUCCAGACAGACAAUCUAUCAGACUUGAAGCUAGAGGAAAAAGUUUAAAGGAUACUGACAAAGUUAAAGAUUUAGGAUUAAAAAAUGGAUCGAAACUUUAUGUUAAAGACUUGGGCCCUCAAAUUGGAUGGUCUACUGUUUUUAUGGCAGAAUAUGCCGGUCCCAUAUUUGUAUAUUUAAUAUUUUAUGCACGACCCAGUCUGUUUUAUGGGGCAACACAUAAUCAAAAAAUGUCACAAGUGGCUCAAGUUGCUGCUUACUGUUGGUCAAUCCAUUAUGCAAAACGUGUGCUUGAAACACUGUUUGUACAUCGUUUCUCUCACAACACAAUGCCAAUAAUGAAUCUGUUUAAAAACUGUACUUAUUACUGGGGCUUCACUGCUUUUGUUUCAUACUAUGUUAACCAUCCAUUGUAUACUCCACCAUGUACAAUUCAAUUUUACAUUGGUCUUGGUACUUUUAUCUUUUGUGAAUUAGGAAACUUAAGCAUUCACAUUGCACUGAGAAAUCUUCGUCCACCUGGUACUAAAGUCAGGCGUAUACCAGUUCCCACUAUAAAUCCUUUUACACUUCUUUUUAACUUUGUUUCUUGCCCUAACUACACUUAUGAAGUUGGUAGUUGGAUUGGAUUUACCAUAAUGACAUCUUCAUUUUCAGCUGGAUUAUUCGCUUUUGCUGGAUUAUACCAAAUGGCAGUAUGGGCUCUUGGAAAACACAGGAAUUACAAAAAAGAAUUUUCUGACUACCCGAAAUGUAGAAAGUCAAUCAUACCAUUUUUACUUUAAUUUGUACUAAAUGUUUUAAAUAAGUUUUUUGUGACUGAAUAUGGUGGGUGUAUAUUUUUUUUAUGGGUUUUUCGGUUUGUAUCUUGUGGAUAUUAUAUUUAAAAUUUACUGUUGUACAUUUUACAACUUUUAAUUAAAAUACAAAUAAUUGAUCAAAUUGUAUAUGAAUAUUUGUAAUUUUUUUGUAAUAAAUUUACAGCCACUUUUAUUUCAUAUAAUAAUGUA